AUGAUAUUAAGUGGGACAGAUAUUGUGUCUGUUACCAUUUAUUUCUCUGCUAUUUUUGGAUCUGUGGCAAACCUAAUCCUUCUCUUGGCCUUGAUCAGCAAUGCCGUCAAGAACAAGGUUUUCCAGCCUCUGGACAGGAUCAUUGUUAACAUGGCAUUGGUCAACCUCUUGCUUUGUUGCUACACGGAGAUACCUGGGCUCUUGGUUUUUUUCCACACUAAAGUGUUUGGAGAUGUGGGAUGCAGGAUUCUGCUUUAUUUAUACCACACACUCAGGUUAGUCAGCCUUUGGUCAGUGGCCAACCUAAGUUUUCUUCAUCUCAUCAAGAUAAGGAGGCCAAGCCAUCGCUGGUUGAAAUUCAUUCACAGACAUCAAGGAAAGUAUGUAAACUGGUCCCUGUGUGGCUGUUGGGUUGUUAGUAUAACGUUUCAUAUACCAUAUCUUCUGUCUGGCGAUUCAGUGAGGGUGCAGAAUCAGAGCAACGUCCUCUUUACAAGCACCAACUGUAUAGGUCCAUCGGAAAGCUACCUACUUAAACUUCUCACCUACAUCACAGUGAGCGUGGACAUCACAAUGAUAUUCCUGGUGAUAUUAUUAAAUGGCUUUACCAUCGACCUGCUUUGUAGACACAGGCGACAAGUAAGGGACACAAUGACCCUCACACAUGGUUGGAACAAGUGUACGGCACAAGCAACUAAAGUCCUCCUGUCUCUGCUCUCUCUUUACGUGAUAUGCUGGCUCUCGAGUGACCUGGUCUGGGUGGCCAUGGCUUCUGGACUAAUACGGAACGGCUAUGAAAAUAAGAUCCUUUCAUCGCUUUAUGGUAUACUGUCAUCCAUUUACUACUCUGUCAGUUCCUGGGUCAUGGUCUUUGGUUACCGGCGAGUUCGAGAUUACUUGGCCAAGGUUGACUGCUGCAUGGGAAAGGUGUUAUCAGCUGCACAAGGAGUACAACAGAGGCAAUGA